AUGUUUCGAAGAAUAACGGAACUAAAGGAAGAAGUACGAGCAUCCCUGGCUGCACUCGGAAAGGAAGACUGGCCGAUGCUUUCCAAUCAAGAGUUUGAUUAUGUGACUGAACUAAUUGAGAUACUUGCACCAAUGGAGUCAACAACAGUUGUCAUGAGUGCAGAAAAGUAUGUGGCUCUUUCGUCAGUCAUAAUAAUCACGAAUGGCUUACGGGAUUUGUACAAAGAUAUGUCAAAAAAAAGUUUUUCUCCUUUAUCUGAAAGUGUUCUCCAGAAUAUUAUAAUUGGCAUAGAUACUCGUUUUAAAAAUUUAGAAUCAAGUUCUACGCUUUUAUUAAGUACAUUCUUGGAUCCUCGUUUUAAGCUUGUUGGAUUUUCAGCAGAAUCCUUCGUAGAAAAGGCCAAAAAUUUAGCUACUAAUGCUUUAACACCAAUAGUUGAACAAAAAACCAAAGAUAACGAUACCUCAUUAAGUGUAAGUGUGCCGCAACCACAAAAUACAGAAAGUAAAAACGUAUCAAUAUGGAGCACAUUUGACGCAAAGGCGUCUAAUUUUACUCCAUCUAGAACAAAAAGAUCUCGCGCUAUUCUCGAAAUCCAAAGGUAUUUAGAAGAACCCCUUUUAAACCGGUCAAAAAAUCCGUUAGAGUGGCGGAAAGAACAUUCUUAUAAUUUCCCGCAUCUUAGCAAACUUGUUAAAUUAAAAUUUGGUACAAUAGCUACUUCUAUACCUUGUGAAAGGACAUUUUCAAAAAGUGGGCAGUUAAUUUCCGAUCGUCGAAACAGAUUAUCAUCGUCUAAAGUUAAACAAAUUAUGUUUACUCCUAAUAAAACACCUAAGCGUGUGUGGGAAAACUACACAACAAACACAUUGCGAGAACCAAUCUCACAAAAGUUGCGACCAGCUAAAGUAAGUUCACUUGGUCUUGCCAAAGAACUUUAUUAUAAAAAUAAAGCCAAAUUAGUGGAAGAAGUCAGAUUAAGACAAAAUCAAGACAGGAGGGAAGAGGAAAUUCAUGAAGAAAAAAAAUGA